CGCUGCUGGCUGUGUGGUGCGCUCGGAUCAGAAGCUGCGGACGCACACGGACACAUGGACGCACUGUGAUUAUUCCCUCUGAUUUCCUCUUUCUUCCUCUUCUCCGCACCUCCUCUGUCUCUGCGGGGACUUCUCGUGCGGUUUUUUUGGGGGGGGGCUCAUGCGUGGCUGGAGUGUGCGUGUUUCCCACUAGACGAGCACGCACGCUUCCACCGCAGCCUUUGUAUGAGAUGAGGCUGGAUUAGGAUCCGCGGCUGCUCAGCUCUACUGGACGGAGGCUAAUUCAAACUUUGUGGUUCCUCGGGGCAGGGAUGUCUCGGGUGGAUUACACUGCGCCCUGGUGGACCUACUGGCUGCACAAUUUCCCCCACAUCAACCUGAGGUUUCAGCCCAUUGACAACAGCUUCCAGCCCGAGGAGGAGAACUACCAGCAGUCCCUCAUAUUUCUGGCCUGCGUGGUGGCCGCAGGGCUCGGCGUCAACCUCCUCUGUCUCGCCAUCUACUUGAGCUGUUUGUGCUGCUGCCGCAAAGAUGAGGAGGAGGAGAGCAAGAAGACCAACUCCUGCUGCGUCACCUGGUCCGCUGUGGCGGCCGGCCUCAUCACAUGCGUCGCAGUGGGUGUGGGUUUCUAUGGCAACAGUGAGACCAACGACGGGGUGUACCAGUUGACCUACUCCUUAUACAACGCCAAUCACACGCUGGGCGGCGUGGACAGCCUCGUUACCGGCACCAUGGGCAGCAUGAGGAGCGGCCUGCACCAGCACCUCGCCCGGCUGGACGAGAUCUUCGCCACACGCGGUGACUUUGUGCAGACCCUGCAGUUCAUGCAGCAGAUGGCUGACAAUGUGAUCAAACAGCUGCUGGGCCUGCCUGACUGGGAGGAGGCUAAAGUGGACCUGGCAUCCAUCGCUGAUCAAACGGCAAACGUAGAGUACUACAGAUGGCUCACCUACCUGCUGCUCCUCAUCCUGGACCUGAUCAUCUGCCUGCUGGCCUGUCUGGGCCUGGCCAAGCAGUCUCGCUGGCUGCUCACCACGAUGAUGGUGUUCGGAGUGCUGUCGCUGGUCCUGAGCUGGACGUCUCUGGGAGCUGACCUGGCCGCUGCUGUGGGCACGAGUGAUUUCUGCGUGUCCCCCGACAGGUACGUCAUGAGCCAGACAAAGAGCAUCGUCACUGCUGAUAUUGUUCAUUACUACCUUUACUGCAACCAGACGCUCUCCAACCCUUUCCAGCAGCCCCUGACCAUCUUCCAGAGGUCCCUGACCACCAUGCAGAUCCAGAUCCAGAGUCUGCUGCAGUUUGCUGUUCCUCUGUUCCCUACAGCUGAGAGAGACCUGCUGGGCAUCCAGAAUUUG